GUACCUCGGCUUGCACAGUGCGAUUUCACAACCACUACCUCGGCUUGCACAGUACGAUUUCACAACCACUACCACCGUGACUGGCACUGCUGAGUCCGUUCCUCCUGUUGGCAGUAUCAUGUCUUCUGAUAGUAUUGCUACUGGUAUUGGUACUGUUGCCAGUACUGCUGCCAAUAGCAGUGCUAAUAACAAUAAGAAACAGAAAAUGUCUCCUCCCUUCGAAUCUCUUGUGUUUGCUGACGAUUUGAUUUGGAUUGGCCAGAUACUACCGUUUGUUGGCAUUGGACAGUACGGUUUUGUAGGAGCUGUCAACAAAAAGAUAUAUCAGCUGUACAAAGACUACUGUAAAAUUGAACUAAAGAAGAAUCCAAGAGAGGUAAAGGAUAACCCGGAUAAUGUCAUCAUCCAGGACAGUCGCCCUGCAGAAAUCACCGACACUCUUUACAGUGAAACAUUUUGCAAUGUGCCACGUGCAGCAUACUGGCGUGAGACAGACAGGUCCAUUGAUAAGGCACCUGAUCCUCAUCAAUUUUGCAAUUCAAUUGCCAAAAUUGGAAAUAUUGUGGUCAUGGAAUGGGCACGCCAACAAGGAUUCCCAUGGAACGAUGAGACAUGUGCCUGUGCUGCUGGAAAUGGACAUUUGGAAAUGCUCCAAUGGUUACGCGAGAAAGGUUGCCCAUGGGCUAGAGGGACAUGUGCCGCCGCUGCGCAAAAUGGCCACUUGGAGAUUUGAAGUGGGCUCGUGAAAUGGUUGUCCAUGGAGUGAAGGACAU